UUUGCGAUCUACUCUUUGUGGAGCAUAUCGCAAAAGACGAUCCGUUCUUCCGGUCUCGGCGGUGUCCGGACUACGGUCUCAAGAUUGAAAUUUUGCUAUACGGCAUGUCACCUUGUACGCUUAAAAAAACUUUAAAAAACUGGAAUUUUGGAUAGGGAAAUGCAGUUUGAGAAUGUAUUUUAGAAUUUUCAUAUCAAACAUAAUUAUAUUAAUGCUACUUAUUAACAUUGACAAAUAGAUAUGAGUUCAGGUGUAUCACAACAAAGAAGUGAAGCGAAGAAUUGUACAAGAAAUGUAUUUUCCGUGUUAAGCAAGAACAUUGAUACAUACGAUGAUGGACUUUUAGAGCUUGAACAGUCUUCAAUGGCUCAGCCUAUAUCCCAGGAUAAUCUGGGUUAUCAGCUUCUUCAGAAGCAAGGAUGGAGUAGUGGUAAAGGUUUAGGUCGAACAGAACAGGGUCGCCUUGAUCCACUUCCAAUUGUAUUGAAAGAAGAUAUCAUGGGCUUUGGACGAUGGGAAAUGGAGGUAAGAUGCCAACAAAAUGAAAGAAAAGUCAUUAAUUAUUAAUUAAAGAAAAGUCAGCUUUUGAAUACAAUAU